AUGAGACGCGAGGCGGGCGCUAUCUAUGAGGGACAUGCUCCUUGGACGUAUCGAGUAACAGCAGCUACUCAGAGAUUGGCUGCCAAGUUAAUUAAACUGGGCGAGUUGAAGGCUGGCAGCAAGAUGAAAAUGACACCACUCACCGAGGACCAAUCGCGUCUGCUGGCAACCAUGCUGGAGGAGCUGCAGGGCGCCGGCUUAGGCUGGGACCAUCAUUACGUGCAGUGCCGGAUCCAGGGAGCGCUCUUUUCGCUGCAGCGCCAACAACAGCUGCCGCCGAAUCUGUGCGCCAAUUUGGCGCCAGCGCCACCCGACUAUGGUGAUCCGGCGAGCGCGUUAGCCUAUCUGCAGCUGCAGGAUCGCCGGCGGCUGCGUCACGAUCCGAGCGAGUUGGAGCACUUCGGCAAGCUGGACGGCCAUAUGAAGAAUACACAGCUGGAGCUACCGAGCGUUAUGGAUGCCUUUUUGGAUACGGAACGACAACGCAUGGAGCUGCGCUUGGCCGAGCAGGAUGCCAACUCGAAGGCGGGUGGUCCACGCAAUCGUCUGGAACUCUAUCAAAUACUGGCCGCCUCCGAGCCCGAUCCGCAGCCCUACCAGCGCAACCAACAACCAGCCAACGCCAUGGACCAGCUGGAGGCAAUUCUAAACGAGUCGAGUGAGCUCUACUUCCCGGAUAACUAUGCGCCGUUCAAGCGUCGUGGCCAGCAGCCCAAGCACUCCUUCUUCCGUGAACUGGCCAACGAGCAGGGCUUAGCCCAGGAGCCCGACGUCAAUGCCCAGGAGCAGGAGCUGGCGUUCGAGACCAGUUUGCGCCGCAACUCGCUGACACCCUUGGAGGAGGAGGCCAUGCUGGCCUCCAAUAGCUAUCCACGCGCACUGCACAAUCAGCGCGUUUACACUGAGGGUGGUCUGCUGCUGGUGCCGCAGGACGAGCUGCAGCAGGACUCAGCGCAAGCGGACGAGCCGGCUGACUUGAAACAAGCGCUGCUGGCCAAUAUGCUGGGCUUUGCGCGUCACGAGCGGCUCGAUGUGAAGAAACCGGGUCCACAGCUGGGUCCACCGUCCUCCGAGCAGAGUAGCCAGGUGGAAACAGAGAAGCCGCAACACGCCAAGGAUGUCAACAAGGAGGUGCUGCCCGCCCACAUCAAGGGCGGCGAUGUCAACGAGCCAUUCAAGAAGAAAAAGGUCGUCAAGGAGCAACACUCGGACGAGGAUCAUGCGCCGCACACCGUAGACACUGAAUAUGCACAUGUGUUCGUCAAGAACCCUAUCGACAGUUGGUACGAUGGGCAGCGCAUCAUGAAUGAGUUGGCGCAAAUACUACACAUGCAGGGAUACUUUUCUUAUUUAACCGUUCAACCACACGAAGUCAGCUUCCGGGUGGACUCAAACAACCCCGAGCGUAAGACGGCCGCUGAUGUAGCUCGCUACAUCAAUGAGAACCGCGGCGUCAAAAACAACAUCCAGCGACGCGUCGGCUUCUAUGUGCUGUACGCCGGCGUCGGCGAUCGGGUCAAGGAUCUGCGCGAUCCGAGCAUCUCUGCUUCGCGAAUCGAGCUGGCCGAGCAGGGGCCGGAUGUGACCCACAUAAUGGCCUACAUGUUCGCCGGUGCAGGCGCCGCAGCUGUGAUUGUGAUCUUUGUAACGCUGAUUCUGAUCAAACGGCACGAUCGCAAGCGCGACAAGCUGGGCGGCCUGCAGACGGGCAUGUCGGGCGCGGAGAGCUGCAGCAAGGACUAUCAAGAACUCUGCCGCGCACGUAUGGCUGGCAAGAAUGGCAACGCCACGACUGGCAGCAGUGGUGGUGGCGGUGGUGCAAAUACAGCCGAUCAGGCGCACAGCGGUCGCAUCACCUCGCUGAGCAAAGAGACCGAAGGCCGACCGCCAUCAUCACGCUCCAGCACAUCAUCAUGGAGCGAAGAGCCAGCGUUGACGAACAUGGACAUCUCAACUGGACAUAUGGUGCUGUCAUAUAUGGAGGAUCAUCUGCGGAACAAGGGUCGACUGCAGCGUGAGUGGGAGGCGCUGUGCCGCUACGAGGCCGAACCUAGCGCCCGAGAUGCCGCCUCUCAACCACAAUGCGCUAACUUGAAUCGACCCGGCGCUCCGCUGCCCUACGAUCACUCGCGGGUGGUGCUCAAUCAUUUGGCCAAUGCCGAGGGUCUGGACUAUGUGAAUGCCUCAACAAUUACCGAUCACGAUCCUCGCGCACCCGCUUAUGUGGCAGCCCAGGGACCGCUGCCCUCGACCUUGGCGCACUUUUGGCAAAUGAUUUGGGAGCAGGGCGCUGUUGUCAUAGUUGCCCUCUGUCGCCUGCAGGAGAAUGGAGAAGUGGCCUGUGCGCGCUACUGGCCGGAAGAAGGUGCAGAGGUUUAUCACAUCUAUGAGGUUCACUUGGUUAGUGAGCACAUUUGGUGUGAUGAUUACCUCGUACGUUCUUUCUACUUGAAAAAUUUGCGCACUAGCGAAACACGCACUGUGACCCAGUUCCACUUCCUGUCCUGGCCGCAGAUGGGCGUGCCGCCGCAAGCCAAGGCGCUGCUGGACUUUAGACGCAAGGUGAAUAAGUCGUAUCGUGGUCGCUCUUGCCCCAUUGUGGUGCAUGGCAGCGCUGGCGCCGGACGCACUGGCUCCUACAUACUGUUGGAUCUGGUGCUGGGACGCAUGAACAAGGGCGCACGCGAGAUAGACAUUGCCGCCACAUUGGAGCAUCUGAGGGAUCAGCGAGCUGGCGUGGUGGCCACGCGGCAACAGUUCGAAUUUGUGCUGAUGGCCGUGGCCGAGGAGGUGCAUGCCAUACUGAAGGCUCUGCCGGCGAAUACGUCGGGCGAAAAACGUGAGCUGGACAAGGAUAAUGGCGCCACCAAGGAGCCGCUCAAGGAGGACAAGGCGCAGGAAGCAGCCGAAGAGGAGGCGCCCACCAGCAGCAAGGCAGCAGCAGCAAAGAAAAAACGGUACAUUAUGACCCCGGAGUCUUGCUCUAACAACAACUCCCGCUGGAGUUUAGAGAGUGAGAGCUCCACAUAA